UGUAAUGUUUAGGGAAAAAGGAAGGGAGGGAGUUAGAAAUAAACGGCGAGGGAGGAAAGGAAGAGAAAUGCAAAGUGGAGAAAAGGUUUUUUUUCUCUUCCUUUCUCUCUUUCUUGAUCUGUCUGUGAGCUCAUCUUGACGAAAGGUGGUUCUGUCAUGUUUGCUGUGUGUGUUAUUGUGUUGGUCCUUGCCCCGCUGACGUCCUCCAUGCCUCAGUCACCGUGUCAUCACUGUUGCGAUGAUGACUUUCUGCCAGACGAGGCCAGCACAGUGCUACCGCCGGCCGUGCCCGAGAUACGCACCUACAUUAACAUGACCAUCCUCAAAGGUGACAAAGGAGAAAAGGGAGAAAAGGGAACACCUGGAAAGCCUGGGUUAGAAGGUCCUCCUGGAGCACCAGGUCCUGAAGGCCCCAAAGGCUCCAAAGGUCAGGUGGGAGCACCUGGAGCUCCAUGCAAGUCGGAGCACUCAGCAUUCUCAGUGGGUCGACGCAAAGCCCUCCACAGCACCGACUCGUACCAGGCGCUUCUCUUCGACACCGUCUUCGUCAACUCGCCCGGCCAUUUCAACAUGUUCUCCGGCAAGUUCCAUUGCAGCAUUCCCGGCAUCUACUUCUUCAACGUGAACGUACACACGUGGAACUUCAAGGAGACCUACGUGCACAUUAUGCAGAACGAGGAGGAGCGCACUCUGGUGUACACUCAGCCUGGAGAGCGCUCCAUCAUGCAGAGUCAGAGCGUCCUGCUGUCCCUGCAGCUCGGUGACCAGGUGUGGGUGCGUCUGUACAAGCGCGAGCGCGAGAACGCUGUCUACAGCGAUGACGUGGACAUCUACAUCACCUUCAGCGGCUACAUUGUCACAUCCAACACAGCCUGAGAGACUCAGGGCUAGGACUAAUGACCUGUUUCCUGUUGUUACUCUGGUUACAGCAGCGAUAAACAGUCGUCUACUUGCCUCUUUAUUCUCUCUUUUAAAGCUAAAAAUAGUGCAGCAUGUCAAGUAUACAGAGAAGCGUAAAGCUACACCUUUCCCUCUGACACUAGAGAUUCCCUCUGUAAAUGUUACAUUAACGUCUCCUUCCAGCAACAGUAACACAUACACAAUAUUAAAAGACACACAUUAAUGUACUGUAAGCAUGUGAUUUACAGCCACACACUCACACUCACACACACACACACACACAUAAAGAAACACAAUAAACAUGCAAACACAU